UGAGACCUUGGGGCCAAGGUUCUACUGCUGGCAGAGAGAAGGCUGAGGUUGGCAUGGGACAGUGUUUGAGAUACCAGAUGCAUUGGGAGGACCUGGAAGAGUACCAGGCCCUGACCUUCCUGACCAGAAAUGAAAUUCUGUGUAUCCAUGACACCUUCUUGAAGCUCUGCCCUGCAGGCAAGUACUACAAAGAGGCCACACUGACCAUGGACCAGGUCAGCUCCCUGCCGGCCCUGAGGGUCAACCCUUUCAGAGACCGCAUCUGCAAAGUGUUCUCACAUGACGAUGUGUUCUCCUUUGAGGAUGUGCUGGGCAUGGCCUCUGUGUUCAGUGAGCAGGCCUGCCCCAGCCUGAAGAUUGAGUAUGCUUUUCGUAUCUACGAUUUUAAUGAGAACGGCUUCAUCGAUGAGGAGGACCUGCAGAGGAUUGUGCUACGACUGCUGAACAUCAAUGACGUGUCUGAGGACAUGCUGAUGGACCUUGCACACCACGUCCUGAGUGAGUCAGACCUGGACAAUGACAACAUGCUGUCCUUCUCAGAGUUUGAACACGCAAUGUUCAAGUCUCCAGAUUUCAUGAACUCCUUUCGGAUUCACUUCUGGGGAUAUUGAUGUGCCACAAACUCCUGAUCCAGCAGCCUCUCGGAGACCCCUGGAA